AUGCCUAAAACAUUUGUGAUCAUUGCAAAUUAUACAAACGUAUCGUCAAUGCGGCUGAAAUUGCUUCAAACACAUUUGUGUGUAAAAGCGAUCAUCAUGGAUAUCCACAAUUUUCGAGGCACCAUCGAAGAACUGGAAAUGUUAAACGAAGCGGGCCGGGAAAAACUUGCUGAACUACGAAAAUGCAUCGAGCAGUUUGGAGAUCUGGCAAACGAUGCAAAUGACAGAACUUUGCUGCAAGAGGUCGAGAAGCAUCGUUCCCAUCUGUUCAGUACACAGCAUGCGUUUUGGAAUGCUAAUCUUUCCAAGCUGGUGGAGAUCUCGAAGGCCAACAAGGAGGAACUGUUCGCCUUGCGGUCGGAUACGAGUAAGGUACGGUCGAAAACGGUACGCCGCUCGGCGAUAGUGAUGCUGUUUGAAAGCAACAUAGAAUGGAUGCAUUUGAUCUCACAGCAGCUAUUCGAGAUUAUACAAAAGUACAAGAAAACGCUGCAUUUGCUGCACGUCAAUUUCCCGAACGCCCAGGACGUGGCCAAUGAGCAGGAGAAUCUGGCCGAAAUGAUUGACCUGUCACGAAGGUUGCUGUGGAAGCACAGUCGUCGCGAGUGCACCGAUAAAAUAUUGGCCGCUUUCGGACUUACACUCUUCCUAGUCAGCGUUAUUUAUGUUUUAUCGCGUCGAUUGUUCUAG